AUGAGGUUCGCACAUGUUUCGAGCCUCCUGGUUCUGAUAUGCGCCCACGCUCUCAUCAGUGGAGUGCAGGCUGUUGCUGUCACAACCAGCGUCGGAGACAUCGUCGGUUUCGAUGCCACUUGGGGAGACAAAGCCUUGCGUAAGUUUCAUGGAAUACCUUUCGCGGAAGCCCCUAUUAGAGAUCUCAGAUUCAGCCCACCGGUCCCCAAGAUGCCGUUUUCGAAACCGUUUGGGGCAAGCAAGUUUGGUUCUCCGUGCCCCCAAUUAAAGGUAAAAAUGGAUGCACUACUGUUCAGCACAGAGAGCCAGAAUUCGGAAAUGAGCGAGGACUGCCUUAGCUUGAACAUUUACGUCCCAAGCGAUGGGGCGGACAAGAAACCCGUGAUGGUUUGGAUCCAUGGCGGAGGACUCACUGAGGGAACUGGUAUGCAGUACGACGGAUCAAAGAUGGCUGUUAUGGGUGACGUCAUUGUCGUGACCAUCAACUAUCGUCUUGGGCUCUUAGGUUUCUUUUCGACGGGAGAUGAAUAUGCUGCCGGAAAUUACGGACUUCUUGAUCAACAGUUAGCUCUGAAGUGGGUGCAACAGAACAUUGGUGCUUUUGGCGGCGACAAGGACAAGGUAACGAUCUUUGGCGAAUCUGCAGGGUCUGGCGCGGUAACCUGGCUUAUGCUCGCACCUAGCAACGAAGGACUCUUCCAGCGGGCCAUUGCUGAGAGUGGGACGGCUCUGUCCUCUUGGGGAUUACCUGAUCCUAAACUUACAAUGCAAUACAGUGACGUUUUAAUCAGCAACCUUGGGUGUGCACACGCCGACUCUAGUCAGGUCAUGAAAUGCCUCCGAGGUCUCACCUUGGAUUCUUUUGCGUUUACCACCGCCGGUUAUCCGCAUGCCGAGUCCCUGAUGGGCAAGAUCCCAGUUGGACCACGUGUCGAUCGGUACCUUUUUCCUUACUCACCCACCUCUAGAAAACCAUCAGAACGGAUGGAGGACCUUCCCUUUUUCCGGUCAGUGGACCUUUUGAUUGGUGCUAAUAAAUAUGAAGUUGCCAUGGCCGUGGAGGAAACAUACCCUGGAGUUUCUAAGGAGGUUUUUGGUGCAUAUGUGGACACCUGGGGAGUCGCGGGCGGACGAACAGACCAAGACGUUGUAGACGCCCUCUGGUGGCUUUAUGGGACUUCAGUGAACGGCAACACUACAGACAAAAUGCAGGCGAGGUACUUUCUAGAGUUUGUGGCAGACUCCAUGUUUUAUGACGGCAUCAAUAAGUUUGUAAAGCGUCACGCUUCGGAAUCGGAAGCUACAGAGACCACUGGCGCCACGUUCUUCUACAGCUUUCUUGCAAAGCCUGGCAAGGUCGUUGGAAGCCUAGGUGACACUUAUUUCCCGACAGCACCCUGGACCCAUGAUGGUGCUGUCCACGGAGACGAAAUGGGGUACCUGUUUGGCCCCCGAUUCGGUAAAGGUACAAUCAAGGAGAAAGAGAAACAGAUGGAAGGAGGUGAAGUCGAGCUGGCAGAAGCAUUGAUAACCUAUUGGACAAACUUCGCGAAGACCGGGGAUCCAAACAAGCCUGUGGCAAUCCCCCAUCUGUGGCCUCAGUACAAGAUUGGCGAGGAAGAGUUCAUUGAGUUCGACAUCCACAACAAACAACUCGAAGUCAGAACAAACUCGUUCUACAGAAACAGGUACAUGAGCUUCUGGAAUGACGUCAUCACAAUAAUACAAGAUUGUCCUGUCAAGAAUCCACGCCAGACGUCAGAACCGGACGUUGCGAAGCGUAAGGCCGGUGAGGCUAAGACUGAACUGUAAAGUAGGGCUGAAAGAAAUAAAGGUUCCCUCGAUCAAUGGAUAAUGGUCUUCGCCUGUUGUAUGAGGAAACAAUUUGUCUAAACGUGAAUUGAGGUAAUCGAGUACGUUCAUGAUAACGUCAUGGUGAAAUUGUUCGACUUAACAAAUACAGCCAGUCGUCAGGGCAUCGUCCUGCAAAACGAUGAUCGCUGGACGGAGAGGUCACUUUAGCCUAUUCGGAGUGUAAUUUGAAUAAUCAGAAUAGUGUGAUAAAUCAUUCAAAUUUUGAAUCUUUCCAUUUUAUGUGAACAUUUAUGAUUGGACAUUUGUUAUCUGGAAAAUUGGACGGAUGCUAGCUUGGUAAUAUUGCCUUCAUCGGGCCAAUAAUUGUCCUUCCAAAAAUAAGUCGCCGAUUGGCCGGCGAUAAAUAAGAACAUAGAGAGAAAGGCGAAACCCUGAGCAAUGGAAAAGCGAAGUCAAAGAUAAAUCGCGAUGUAACUGAACCCGUAGUACUUUUAUGUGUAGAGUUUUUGAUGUACAACUCCGAUCCAACGGUAUAAAAAAAUACCUUCAAGCCCGAAAGGAAGUACUUUACGCCGCGUAAUGACAUUCUACUUCGAAGGCGAACGUCAAAUUCUGUUUUAUUUAAGCUCUGAUACAGUCGGGGCCACCUCAUCGAUCAAAAAGUAACUUUAUGUGUGGAGACGGCGUCUCAUAAAUACUAAUUCUGGCAAAUAUUUCCGCCCCAUUCUUUUUGCCACAUUAACAGUAAAAAAUCGCCAAUGGCCGCAAAGGGAUAUUGGCAAGGCUAGAUAAUGCGGGCAUAGAAAAUAGGGGAGAAAGUUGGAAUCAUUAGUUUUUGAAUGCCAUUCGCGUAUUACAACACCUUACAAUCAUUUAACUUUCUGGAUGGGUAUAUGUAGGAUCGAAUCAGAUUUAAGCGUGAGAAAAUUAUAUUCAUAUCAUGUCUGUUGUAUUCUUACCCGCUGUCUUUUUUACCAAGAUGGCUGUUUUUUUAUAGCUUCUUUACCUGUUGUCUUUUUACCACAGCCUUUUUAAACAGUACUCUAUGUCAUUUUUAUCUAUAGAUGGUGUCUUUUUACUACAGCCUUUAUCACCUCGUCUUCCUACUGUUAAGCCUUUUUAUAGCUUCUUUACCUGUUGUCUUUUUACCACAGCCUUUUUAAACAGUACUCUAUGUCAUUUUUAUCUAUAGAUGGUGUCUUUUUACUACAGCCUUUAUCACCUCGUCUUCCUACUGUUAAGCCGUUUUUACCUAUUAUCUUUUAAACAUGUUUUUUAUAGGGGCUUUUUACCGAUGUCUUUUUUUACCAUAGCCUUAAUUCUUAGGAAUGAACCUUCCUUGAUUUUAAAAUACACUUUUUUUAUAGAUUGUAUGAGUAUUUAUAACUGAUGCCUUCUUAAUAAAACUUUCUAACCAGUCACGUACCAAUACUCUGGUUUUCAACGCGUCAGAGUUAUUAAGAUUACAACUCGAAAUUAGAUGCACGUAAUAACCCGAUUCCCUGACGUGCAAUGUAAUAUUUGAAGUUAAUAAGAAAUACCUCUCUUUGAUAGAUUAAGAAAAAAGUGUGAGGUAGUUUGCAGGCAAUGAAACUCCGCCGUUAUUUCCCAUAAAUGGUAUUUUCAUGGUAACGACAUCAAUUUGUAACAUUUGGUGAUAAGACGUCAGUUUGUCUGCGAGCAUUGAGAUAUAAAUGUAGCGGGAGAAAGGAAAGCAAAUGUAUUGACAGUUGGAAUUAACACCCGUCAGAUCUGUACGUAUACCACUUCAGCCGCAACUGCCCUGGAUAAUGUGAUCCGGCUGAGAUAAGCACCGGUGGGAAAUUACUAUAUAGCUAUACUUUUACCUGGUUUAGGAACCUUGAUAUUUCAACUUUGGGAGGGGGAUGUGCAAUGACGACAACUAGCAUUUCGAGCUUGCUACGAUGAGUCACACUCAAGCCAGCCUAAAGAUCCUCACCUUACGGGCAGGGCUUCUGAGUAAGAAAGAUGGUCGUGAUUCGUAAAUAUGGUUGCGAUUCGCUCAUCAUCGUCUUCUAUCCAUAUUUAGAGACAGUGAUAGCAUGUGGAAUAAGAAUGGCUUUGCCAGUUUAAAUUUACGAUGGCGAUGAAAUCACAUGAUAUUUGGCAGUCUUACUGCAUGCCGUACAUUUCGCCAUUAUAAUAUUGACUGCUAAUAUCUUUUGAUAGGAAAAUCCAGUAUUCACUCGAAGGACAACAUUUUGGUUUUUAAAUUUUACCUAACGUUUUGAUGAGUGCUAUUAUAUAUUUUGCACUGGAAAUUCCGGAACAAACAUUGAUUGAAACUUCAGCGGCUUUGAAAAUUUCAAAGGAGAUAUAUACAUGUACAGUCUUUAUAGAAAUAUCAUAUAUAUAGCAGAGUUGAACGAAUUACAUUUUGUAGAAGGGUAAUUCGACUUACAAAGCUGUACUUGUGUUGUCUUUCUUGUAAUUUAUCACAAUAUAUCAGCGGUCUAUGUUAUAGCUCCUGGCCAUGGAUGGUUUUAAGUUUUAAGUUGGUACAUGUAGUUGGUUGAGUGGGUGCAUUUUUGAUACUUCAUUUGAAACUUCAAACUAAGAAGGCUGUUUCGGUUCUGCAGGCAUGGCAGGCGCCCUAAGGAUAGGCUCAGCUUUGCUUAGUCAACAAUGCAAUGUCACGAAACAAAUACAACAGACUUUGUGAGCUCUAUAAUGAAGAAUGGCUGAAGCAUGCCUUAGGAUGUCGGCAGGACAUGCGUAAACCCUACAGCAUUUCCUACCAAAUCCUUUCCUCAUAGCAGGACACAAUUGUAACAUAUGAAUAUGUAUAAGGUUCACUGGCAGCAGCCAAUAGUUUUCCAGGUGAACAAGGGGAUAAAUAUGUAGUGAGAUCGGAUUUGGGUCUCGUCAAAGCAACACAUGUUCAUGGAAUAAAAGAUAGUGAUUUAAUGGAAUAUAUCGUUGUACUGUUGAUACUGUUGCUGGUCUAACCUGGAGGAACCCAAACCCCAUAUACGACACAAUGUUAUACAAUGUACAUGUACUUGAAACCAUAGUGUGUUGAUAUCUUAAAAUUUUCAUCGCAUUAUCUUGCUGUGUCUACUCAAGAAAAGAUGACCAAUCGAUCAUUCACUAGCUAGGGAAACUUAUUUUUGUAUGGUGUUUAUAUCAUCAACCCCGGAGUCGGAGGAAUUAAUCACGUAAUACCAUGACGUUCUUGUCACAAACAGCUAGAACUAUGUCAACCGGGUCAUCAUAUGAGACGUUGUGUAUGUCUGACUCCGCAGCAGCCCCGGGGCGAGGUUUGAUGAUGUAUGUUCGUGACGACCAACACAAACGGCCAUAACUUAGUUCUAUACGCGGUUUAACCCAUUAAUCUCGGAGUAACCGUGUUUAGUAUCACUAACUAAAUAUUCAGUCCGUUUUCAGGUAAAUGAAUUGUUCGAAAGUCGAAAUGUAUUCUUGUUUCACAAGUCAUUGCAAUUGUCAGCAUGAAAAAAACCCUGACCACACAACGAUUUUCCCCCAAGCUACUAGAAAAGUGCGCAAACAACCACUGAAAAACACUACGUUUUCCGAAGACAUUUUUCGGACAGAUACUUGAAAUCUAAUGCAAACUUUCAUAAGACAACCAUUUUCUUGACCUUUGGAAUAAUGAAAAGGCAAGAAAAGUCCAAAAUGAGGAGAAAAAAUGGCUGCCGUCAGAAUUGACUAAUAAAAGUAUUGUUCUUUUUGGAUUGUCAUUUCUUAGUUUUUCAACAUAUCUUAAUGGAAUUUUGGUAUAUCAAUCACUUAGCCAUUUCCGCUACAUUGGUCUAAAAUUAUCUUGAAAAUGUAUUAUCUUGAUAUGUGAUUUUUUUGAUCAAAACUUGGAAGAGAAGUUUUGACUGAUAGCA